ACAGUCUGACGAGUUUAAAGACUCCAAAGUGCAUCAGCGGAGGAAGUUGUGGCUAGACAAAAAAAAACAUCCAAGCUGUUACCGGAGCGAGUGUUCGUGUUGUGUGCGCUGUUGUUUGGGAGGAGUUAACACCGCGCAAAUGGCCCACCGACACUCCAAUUCACGCCGAACCUGAGACACGCACAACGCAGUGGCAUACGACAAGACAGACAGACACCCGUCCCAUCGACCGCACGUUUAUUCUUGUCGAUCCGGUAUUUUUAUUUAUACAGCAACCGGCUGCUGUUUCCAUAGCCGGGGGAUUUUAUCGCCGCCUACCAAACCAACCCACGACAGCUUCAGAAAAGCAGAACCAAAAGUGGGGCACAAUGCGUGCUCGAGGGAAGUUUUAAAUAUAUAUUUCUUUUUUUUAAAUCGUCGCGUUUGUCACGAAAGUUCGCACACACUCACUCGCUCGUGUAUCCGCGUCGCCACAACAUGCAAGAGGAUCACACCACCUGUGAACUGACUUAAGGUCAUCGUACAUCCACCUCACUUGCACACGCACGGCAGGUUCAUUAACCCAUCGCUGCCGGUUCCACCGUCAGUCCGAGCGCGUCUCGCCGGCCACAAAAACUCGAGCCAACGACGUUCGUUCAAAGCACGACGGGGGUCCCACAAGUUCAGCGUCGUAGGGCGCCGUCAUGGCCAUGCGCUCGAACGAGCAGACCCCGCUGCUGACCCGUAGGCAGCAGCCGCCAGAGAGCGGCUUCGAGGGCAGGAGAAUCGCGUGCGCCGCUCUCCUCUGCGCCGAGACCCUGGAACGCAUCGCUUUCUUCGCGAUCACGGGCAACCUGGUGCUCUUCCUCAACGACUCCAUGGACUGGGACGGCGUGCAAGCCGCUCAGAACCUCUUCAUCCUCAUGGGCAUCACCUACCUGGCCUCCCCGCUGGGCGGCUGGCUGGCGGACGCCUACCUGGGCCGCAUGAAGACCGUGGUGGUCAGCCUCGUGGUCUACAUCAUCGGUGCCGUCUCGUUCCCCCUGCUGAGCGCGCCCGGUUCGAGGAGGGCCAUCUGCGGGGCGCGCGAGGGAGUCCCCAUCGUGAACUCGUCGUGUGCCGACGGCGGUUGGCGGCCGGGGUGCCCCGAGCUGCCGGCGCCCUACUGCAGCGCCGUGACCCACGCGGGCGUGGUGAUCAUGGCCCUGGGGGUGGCGUCCGUGAAAGCCAACAUCACGUCGUUCGGGGCCGAUCAGAUCAGAGACAGAGGCGCGGAGACCUUGCAGCGUUACUUCAACCUGUUUUAUUGGUGCAUCAACGUGGGGGCAAUCGUGUCUCUCGGUCUUAUUGGUUACAUCCAACAGAACGUUAGUUUCUUGAUUGGCUACAACAUGGCAAUUGGAGCGCUCUGCCUCUCGUUGCUCAUCUUCGUUGCCUGCAGCCCAAAGUACAUCACCAAACAACCCCACCCCAGCGCCUUGCCUUACAUAUGCAAGCUGAUGUGCCUCUCCUGCUUUGGCAGAAGGCGACGAAGCUCUUCUUCUGAUGUUCACAGGGAUCAGAGGAAUAAUUCAAUUCAAGAUGUACCCGAUGUGUCUGAGAACGAUGUCAAGAGCCUGGGUCGUAUAAUUCUGGUGUUUACAGCCAUGAUACCCUACUGGAUGGUAUACUUCCAGAUGCAGACAACCUACCAGUUGCAGAGCCUCCAUUUGCAGAUCCCAAAAAUCUUCAAUACCAGCUCUUCUGGCAACUGCUCGAGUUCACCAUCGCACGUGUUCCCCACCGCGUGGUUCACGCUGUUUGACGCGCUGCUGCUGCUGGCGUUCAUCCCAGUGGCGGACCGCGUGGUGUUUGUGUGGCUCGCACGCCGGGGAUUUCGCCCCUCUCCUGUCCUCCGUAUGGCUGUUGGCAUGAUCUUUAGCCUCAGUUCUGCUGUGGCUGCAGGUCUGUUGGAGUCGGAGAGGCUAAACCGUGUGUAUCGCAAAGAGGUGGUGAAACAGUGUAUCGGUCAUUCUGAGUACGAGGCGGCCAGACUGACCGUCUGGUGGCAGCUGCCCCAGUUCCUGUUGGUGGGACUCAGCGAGCUGCUCACCAGCAUUGGGGGUUUGGAAUUUGCGUAUUCCGCGGCUCCGAAGCACAUGCAGAGUGCCGUGAUGGGGCUGUUCUUCUUCUUCUCUGGGAUCGGCUCGUUCAUGGGCUCCGGCCUUCUCAGCUUGGUGUCGCUGCCGUCCAUUGGCUGGAUGGACAGCCACAAGGAUUCUGGUAGCAUCAAUCACUGCCACUUGGACUUCUACUUUUUCUUGCUGGCUGGCAUCCAAAGUGUGACGCUGGUCAUCUUCGUCUGCAUGAAGUCCUGGCACACAAGCCCUGGAAAUCCCUGCGUUGCGGAUGUCAGCCAAUGAGGAAUCAUGAACACAAACAUCAAUCACACCACUUGAUCCUGCUGGUCUCAGCUAAUCAUGUUCGGAUCUAUUUGCAAUUUAAAUUCCUUAUAAAUGCUGUUUUUGUGUUAUUGAAAGUAUACGAGAUAAAACAUGUGUGAAAGGUUAAUGAAAUAACGCAGUAUUGCGCAUUUUCAUUGUUAGGGAUAACUUGUGUUGCAUCAUUAUGGGUACGUGUUUUUUGCGGGAAUUUUUUUUUGGCAUAGAUGAACAACAAUAAUCCGCAUAAUUGUAUUGAGACCCGGUUUCACUAACUUUUCUUUUUCAUACAGAGUAGCUUGGCAAUGAACCCUUGAUCAAUAAUUUAAGAGCAGAACUGGACUAUCAGUAAUUGUAUUAACUAGUUUGAAGUAAAUUGUGUCAUUUCAUUGAGGCGUAUUCCUAUCGUUAAUCAUUGUAUGACGGGGCAUUUUUUUAUUUAUAGUACUACACAAAUAUGAACAGAUUCCUGAAAAUGCUAUAAUUUCAAUCACACAUAUGCAACGGCAUCGUUUAUAUUACCAACGUUUAAGACUAUUGUGUGUGUUAUAGGGCAAUUCUAUAAUGGUGCCUGUGUACAAGGGCCAUUGUUAAUGUGAAACGCGUUUUUAUAGCUGGGCGUAGCGGCUUUACACUCCCGUGAUGAAUGCAGCACCAUGGCCUGGCUUGACAGGAGAAGGCAAUUCAGCAAGUGGAAUAAUCGCCAUAUCUUUCCAUGUGUACGGGGAUAUAGCGUUGCCCCCUUGCAUGUGUGUUUUUCCGGGUGUGCUAUGGCUUCCUUCCACAUCCUUAACUCAUUAAUUUGCUGAAAACAUCUUAAAAUUAAACAAUCCAAUGCGGGACCCUCCUGAAAAAGAAAAGCCUCAUGACUCAGCGUGGCUCUCCUGGUUAAGUACGUGAAGUAAAAUAAACAAGAAUAAGGAGUUGGAAUUAUACGUACGAAAGUGAAGCUGUGGUGGUGGGGGAAGCAGUGGCAUGUUGCUUAACGCACUGCUCUGCUAACCCGUUGACCUGACUUCAAAACUGAUCAGCAGGUUUUAUUUCAACUAAAAUAUGAGGUUUUGAACCACGUGGCAAGGUCAACACGCUUACAACGGUGUGUUGUUUUGCAAACCUAAAGGUGGGACUUUUGUUGAAAAACUCAUGUGGUUGUUAUGCCCUUGUCACAAGGUGACCAAGGGAAGUGGAACACAUCUCUUAAGUGUAACCUUGAGUAAUCUGUAACGACUUAGAGAACAGUUUUGUCGCUGUUGAAUGCCAAACUAAUAUGCAAACAUUGUAACAUUUUGAUCAUGUAUUAUCACUGCUGUUUAAAUUUUUUAUAUAUUUUUUAAGGCUUGUGAUGUAUUUCAUGUUUUUUAUUUCAUGAAUAAAAUAUUUUUUAUCCUGA